AUGCUGCUGGCGAACAGCGCGGAAGUCAAUAUAAAGGACAACGUAGGUUUAACUCCGCUAUUAUUGGCAGCCCAGAACGGUCUUGAGGCGGUCGUCAAGAUGCUGCUCCAGAAUGGCGCGGAGGUCAAUGUACAGGACAACAAAGGCAGGACGCCGCUAUUAUCGGCAACCCAGAACGGUCAUGAGGCUAUCGUCAAGAUGCUGCUAGCGAAGGGCGCCGAGGUUGAGGCGAAGGACAAGACGUAUGGUCAGACGCCACUAUUAUGGGCUACCGAGAACGGGCAUGGGGCUUGCGUAAGGCUGCUACUCAAUAAGUCCAACUUGAGUACAGAAAAUACUAUUUCUCGGACACCGCUAUCUGUUGGAAGCGCAAGGCUUCUAUUCGGGUGA